GGGGGGAGCAGACAAAAUGCGGAGCCCCCUCCCUCCCCCGAGCCCAGCCUGUGUGUUUGGGAGGGAGGGAGGCAGUCGUGGCACGUCCGUGUGAGAUGUAGAAAGGAGAAGGGGUGGGGGGAGGAAGGUGCAGAAGACUAAGCAGCAGCCAGAGCAUGUUCUCGAUGCAACCGUUCCCUGCCCUGCCGCCGGAAGAAGAGCGUUACCGCCAGGUCCUCUCCACUGACCGGGUCUUAGGAACAGAUGAAGAUAAUAUGGAUGGUUGCUCUCAGAAGCUGGCUUCUGCCAAAUACCUUCGACUUUUGCUACUAAUACUGAUUCCAUGCAUCUGUGCUCUCAUCCUCCUAUUGGUGAUCCUGCUCACCUUUGUAGGUAUAUUAGAAAAAACAUGUUUUUAUUCAAAUGGAAGUGAUCUUCUAGCUGCUGAUGGCAACAUUCGAACAUCGGACAUUGCUUUUCCAAAUAUUGUUGAAAAUGGUUCGGAUGUGGUUCCCACGGUGGAUCUCAAAAUGCUGCCAUCAUCCUGGACCCAAAGCCCUUUAUCCCAUGUUGAUCAAAUGCACGAAAACUUAAGUAUGUUCAGGCAGGGCUUGCAGGAAGAUUCCUUGGCUCCUAUUAUUACACCAGCCCCUCCACUUAACCCCACGACUACAGAUGUUGGUAUUUUGACAAGAGCCCCCGAAGACAAUACAUGGCCAUUUUCCAGUACAGAGGAGAAAACUCUUUGGUCCACAGACACAUCCAUCAAGAUCACAGACAGGAUAUCCUCUCUACCUACGUUAAGUUCUGUCCAUCCAGUUGCUGUACAAGAAAUGAAUCUGAAAAAAAGUGCCUGCAUAAAUAUCACCUACAGCCAGUGCCAAAUGCUGCCAUAUAACCACACCACUCUAACAUCAGUUCUUUCCAUUGUCAAAAGCAUUGAAAUGGAAAAGUUCCUCAAGUUCUUCAGUUAUCUCAACCGCCUCAGCUGCUAUCAACACAUCAUGCUGUUCGGCUGUAGCCUUGCUCUUCCUGAGUGCAUCAGUGAUGGUGAUGACAGUCGAGGACUCCUGCCCUGUAGAUCAUUUUGUGAGGCAGCAAAAGAAGGUUGUGAACCAGUUCUGGGAAUGGUGAAUUCUUCAUGGCCUGAGUUCCUCAAAUGCUCCCAGUUCCAAAACAGAACUGAAAAUGACAACACCACGAGGGUCUGCUUCUCGCCAUGGCAAGAGAGAGGAAAACAAUUGCUGUGCGGAGGAGAUGAGAGCUUCUUAUGUGCCAGUGGAAUCUGCAUCCCUGGGAAACUACAAUGUAAUGGCUACAAUGACUGUGAUGACUGGAGCGAUGAGGCACAUUGCAACUGCAGUGAUGAUGUGUUCAGAUGUACUACCGGGAAAUGCCUCAAUUACACCUUUGUUUGUGAUGGAUAUGAUGAUUGUGGAGACCUGAGUGAUGAACAAAACUGUGAUUGCAAUCCACUGAAGCAACAUCGAUGUGGAGAUGGAAGAUGUAUAACGGUAGACUGGGUAUGUGAUGGUGACCAUGAUUGUAUAGACAAGUCAGAUGAAGUCAAUUGCUCAUGUUACAGUCAGGGUCUGAUGGAGUGCAGAAAUGGACAGUGCAUUCCCAGUGCUUUCCAGUGUGAUGGGGAUAAUGACUGUAAAGAUGGAAGUGAUGAAGAUAAUUGCAGUGAAAAUAAGGGUCAGCCACCAUGUCAGGAAGGGGACCAGAGAUGUAUUGAUACUUCCUGCCCUGAUUCUUGUGGCACUUCUUCUCUCUGUGAUGUGUCCAAUAGCCGGACAAACUGUAGUCAGUGUGAACCAAUUACUCUGGAACUCUGCAUGAACCUGCCUUACAACUAUACUAACUAUCCAAACUACUUGGGUCAUAGGACUCAGAAGGAAGCCUCCAUCAGCUGGGAGUCUUCCCUUUUUCCAGCCUUGGUUCAGACUAACUGCUACAAGUAUCUUAUGUUUUUUGCCUGUACAAUCUUGGUGCCAAAAUGUGACCCUCAAACAAAUCAGCGUAUCCCACCCUGCAGGGUGCUGUGUGAGCAUUCCAAAGAACGCUGUGAAUCUGUGCUCGGAAUUGUGGGCCUGCAGUGGCCAGAAGACACAGACUGCACUCAGUUCCCAGAAGAAAACUCAGACAACCAAACCUGCCUAACACCUGAUGAGGAUGUGGAAGAGUGCUCACCCAGUCACUUCAAGUGCCGUUCUGGGAGGUGUGUCUUGGCCUCCAGAAGAUGUGAUGGCCAGGCUGACUGUGAAGAUGAUAGUGACGAGGACAACUGUGGUUGUAGAGAAAGGGGUCUUUGGGAAUGUCCAUCGAACAAGCUGUGUAUCCAGCAUGCCAUGAUCUGUGACGGCUUUCCGGAUUGUCCUGACAAAGUGGAUGAAAAGAACUGCUCAUUUUGCAAGGCAGAUGAGCUUGAAUGUGCCAGUCAUGAUUGUGUGCCACGUGAGCUGUGGUGCGAUGGGCAGCUAGACUGCAUGGACAACUCAGACGAAUGGAACUGUGUGACCCUGUCUAAAAACACAAGCUCUUUGGCAUUCCUGACUAUUCACAGGUCAGCUAUUGACUACCAUGUUUGUGCUGAUGAGUGGCAAGAAAAGUUAAGCCAACUGGCCUGCAAUCAAAUGGGUUUAGGGGGGCCGUCUGCAACAAAAAUUGUACAAGAAAAUGAGCAACUACACCAUCAGAAGUGGCUCAAUCUGCACUCUGACUGGAAGAAUAAAAAUGCAUCCACAUUACCUGCCCUUGUAGUGAAAGGGCAGUCAUGUCAAAGCAGAAGCAAAGUGUCCCUUCUCUGUAGCAAAAAAGAUUGUGGCCGUCGCCCUGCAGCUCGCAUGAGCAAGAGGAUCCUUGGUGGCAGGACUAGUCGUCCAGGACGAUGGCCGUGGCAGUGCUCUCUGCAGAGUGAACCAAGUGGGCACAUAUGUGGCUGUGUUUUGAUAGCAAACAAAUGGGUUUUGACGGUAGCACACUGCUUUGAGGGGAGAGAACACGCUGCAGUCUGGAAAGUGGUGUUUGGUAUAAACAAUCUGGAUCAUCCAUCAACCUUCAUGCAGACACGACUGGUGAAGACUAUUAUCUUGCAUCCACGCUAUAACAGAGCAGUAGUUGACUAUGAUAUCAGCAUUGUAGAACUAAAUGAAGAUAUCAAUGAGACAAGUUAUGUAAGGCCAGUCUGCUUACCCAGCAGGGAGCAGUUGGUUGAGCCAGAUACCUACUGCUACAUCACAGGCUGGGGACACAUGGGCAACAAAAUGCCUUUUAAACUUCAAGAAGGAGAAGUUCGUAUUAUUUCCCUAGAACAAUGCCAGUCAUAUUUUGACAUGAAGACCAUCACCAGCAGGAUGUUAUGUGCAGGCUACGAGUCUGGAACUGUGGACUCUUGCAUGGGCGACAGUGGAGGACCUCUUGUUUGUGAGCAGCCUGCAGGACGCUGGACAUUGUUUGGUUUAACCUCGUGGGGCUCUGUCUGCUUUUCCAAAGUUUUAGGACCUGGAGUUUAUAGCAACGUGUCACACUUCAUUGAAUGGAUUGAAAGACAAAUAUACAUUCACACCUUUCUACUAAACUAAUGCCAGAAGGCUAGUAGUGGGCUGACAUACAAGAGGCAAAGAUCAUUGGCCUUUGAGCAUUGAAGAUUGUGCAACCAAGACACUUAAGAGGAAGUUGCAAGCUCUGUGUUGUUGAUGGGGAGGUAUGGAAAAUGCAGCAUAAAUGAAUUGAUUAAACUCUCUGCUACUAAAGAUACUUUGGGGCAGGACUACUAUUUUUGUAAUACUUUUUGACUUUUCCUUUAGCUGAAUUGUGUUACUAUUCCAGGCACAACACAAGGCUUAAAGGAAGAAUCAGCCAAUUUGCUGUCUUUCAGACAUUUAAAUUAAGCUGUAGCACAGACUUUGUUUUCCCCCCAAAGUUUUAUAGUUUUACUAACAGUAGCACAUGCAGUUUCAGCCCCCAAUUCUUGCAGAGAAGAAUUAAAUCAAUAUAUUCUCAAAAAUGACAUUGAGGUCUAUAUUAAAAUUAGCCCUUCUGCUACCUCGAGUUUUCUCCCAUGUGAGCAUAGCAGGGCCUUGUCAAAAAUACAGCCAGCAUAGGAGAAUAUAUAGUUCUUUGAGACAACUGAUGAGUGGAUGAUUUAGAUACUGUCACGCUACAAUUAAGUCACAUAGUUCAGACUACUGUUAAGUGAAACAUUUACCUCUAAAGUUCAGUACCUUCUGUAUUGAUUCACCUAAUGUAACAUGUACCAGAUAGUGUCCUAUAGAAAUAUUAACUGUACUCAAAUAUUAAUAGUGUUAUGGAUUAUUAAACUACUUUUAAGUCACUGGUGUAUUGCAGUUUCACUAUGAGAAAGAAAACCCAGUGACUUGACAGUAUGUCUCAUUGUAGGUUAUGGGGACAACAAAAUAACUCGCCCCCGACCUCUAAAUAAUACAGCUGUGUCCAAAUUUCUCUAGUUCAGGGCUGCGUCUAACUCAUGAAAAUUGAGAUAGAUUGUCGACAUCCUAAUCUCAAAUGCAAAAAGGUGCAGAAAUUACAACUUCCAGUAGCCCAGGCUCCAUCUUUCUCCACAGGACCAGGUCCUCAGCUCGCGUAACCUGAUAUUGUUCAGUUAAAGUCAAAGCAACCAUAUUGAUAUAAACCAUCUUAAGCUCUGGCCUUUAUUGUGUAAGGGCCAGUUUGACAACCUUGCACUAAUAGAGUGGAACUGGAUUAUGAAACACAGGAUUUUCAGGAAGUUUUGUUUUCAGUAUUAGGAAAAAAAAUGCUGUCAUAAAAUAAACAGCCUCUCCUGCCAUCUCUGUUCACCAAAAGAUGUACUUAAAGUUGGCUUUGAUUUUAUUGUAAAGCACUGGAACACUUACAGCCAUUCUAUGUAUAUGUAAGCACUGCCAAGAAAUAAUAUUUAAAGGUAAUUUCUUAUUUCCUCAUUGAUUACUUGGGCCUUGGCCUACAACCAGUUUUCAAGCAGAACUUCCCAGUAAAAUAAAUGAGUUCUGCUUAAAAGCUGGUGGCACCAUAUAGCCCAUUGAAUAUAAUCACCUUUGUUAGGCAAUAAUGCCUCCCAAGCAGUGUCAGAAAGGAGCAGAAGUUUUUUUUCCAAAUCAUUUCUGCCACAACAUUCCAUGUAAAGAUAUUUGUAAUUUUAUAAAUGUAUUUUUAUACUAGUUUUCCCCCUUCUAUAUGUGCACAUGAUAAUAUUGUAUGUAGGUUUUAAAGAGUCAAAUUUACUCUCUCCUUCCAAUGUAUUAGUUCUUUCCUGUGUAUUGUCAUAUCUAUGACCAUGAGAAUUAUCUAACACGUGUAGCCCCAUUUUAAGGUAAUAAAACACAUUUGUUGUUUCACUUCUGUCACAGGUACAGCUCCACAUGGAAUUAACAACUAGGCAGAUGUGUUUAUUUCUACCCAUAUUAAACAAAUAUGUAUAACAAUUUUCCAAUAAUUUCUGUAAUCUAAAAUAAACACGUUUUUAUUCUU